ACUAUAACUAUUGAACCUAUAAAAAAAGAAUUGUUGACACACAUAUGAAGAUUUGGUUGAUGCGGUUUACCUGUGGUGGAUGAUUGACAACACUGAUCAAGUUUGUUUCGUUUCGGAUCUCUUUGCUCCAGAGAGAAAAGACUCUAAAACUAGCCCAAUCGCUCCGAUUCCACCAUUCAUACGACGACCAAGAUCUGUUUACUAUUAUAAACAGUAGAAAAAAGUACAUGCACCAUGGAUGAUGAAGCAGAUAAACAAAAGCUUUCAUCAAGCCGCAUUCACAGUAGCACUGAAUUUGAUGGUCUCUUAAAGAAGAUUGGAGACUUUUCAAAGUUUCAGUAUAUACAGUGGCUUCUCCUCUUUCUUGCCGUAAUCCCUCAGGCAUGGUAUACAUAUGCACCAGCAUUUGCUGCAAGGAAAGUAGACGAAACCCAGAUGUUGUGUUCAAACACUAUUAAUGUCACUGGCAAAGCAAUUUGUAAAGAUAGAAUAUGGCAGGAUGUGGAUUACUGUGGAAAAGUGAAGUACAGCCCUGAGUAUACCUCUGUAGCAACUGACUGGAACCUCAUCUGUGCAGAUGCCAAGAAGUACAUCCCUUUAACCAAGACCAUCUUUUAUGCUGGUAAACUUGUUGGUGCUUAUCUGUUUGGCUGGAUAUCUGAUCGGUAUGGUCGUCGUGUUACUUUACUGUCUACCAUGUUCAUCCAGUUUGUAGCAUCUCUGAUCCAAAGCUUUUCUGUCAACUUUACAAUGUAUGUGAUUUUAAGAGUUCCUCUUGGGGUCUGCAGUGGAGGCACUUUAAUUGCAGCAUUUGCACUGAUGGCAGAGAUGGUUGGACCAAACAGACGAAAUGUUGCUAAUAUUCUUGUACAGUCUUCCUAUGGCGUUGGCAUACCACUUCUAGCUCUUCUUGGGUAUCUUGUAAGAGGAUGGAUGUCUUUUAAUCUUGCUAUGACUAUUCCCAAUGUGGUGUUUGUACUCUACUUCUGCUUUGUCCCAGAGUCUCCUCGCUGGCUUGCUGCUCGAGGAAGAAUCAAGGAAGCUGAGGUUAUCUUACGUAAAAUAGCAAAAAUAAAUGGCCAUGAGUAUGAGGAAGGGGAUUUGGAACAGAUUCAGGGUUUAUACAAGAAGGAAGAGGCAACAAAGACAUACCACUUUUGGCAUCUGUUCAGUACAAAAUACCUCACCAAGACCACAAUCAUUGAAGGAUGGUCAUGGUUGGUUGUCAGUGGUGUGUACUACGGGCUGAGUUUCAACUCUGGUAACUUGUCGGGAGAUUACUACGUCAACUAUGCUGCAUCAGGACUGGUGGAAAUACCUGCAUACAUUAUUGCUGGAAUUCUUGUUGACAAGGUUAACAGACGAAUCCCUCUCAUUGGCUACUUUAUUCUUGGUGCUGUCUCCCUUCUCUGUAUUGUGCCAAUACAAGCCACGGGCAAACAGGAUGAGCUAUCAGCAGUGGUAAUGGUAUUGGCUCUGAUAGGAAAGUUUACCAUCUCGGCGGCAUAUUAUCAAGUGUACAUCCAUGCUGCAGAACUCUACCCCACAGUCAUUAGGUCAGCUGGUGUUGGGUUCGCRUCAUUAUGUGGUCGCAUUGGUGGUAUGGCUGCACCAUAUGUUGUGGAUAGCACACCUCCGAUUUUUCCUGCCAUAAUCUUCGGAAUUGCGUCCAUGACAGCCGGUGUCGUGACGUUUUUCCUUCCAGAGACGAAAGGCAAGCCACUACCAGACUACAUCAAUGAGGGUGAAAGUCAAGGUAUCAUUUUGAAGGUUGAUGAAAAGGAAGACAAAGAUCAAACAACACCGCUUUAAGGAAUUWGAACAACGAGUCUAAUAGAAGUCUAGCUGUAGAUUUUAGCUUCGACAGGAACUGGUUUUCCUGGAUAUUCUUCUUCGCAAAGAGUGUAAUAGUGAAGAUGGCAUUUUGAAGGGGUUUUUUGGCACAUGGAAAGAUGGAAUUUUUGAAAUAUUGAGGUUUUUUUGGCAAGUAGCUAAAUAAAAAUAAACGAACACAUACAGAGCCUGUUUCUGUGUAUUCAGCCUCAUGACUGGACGAUGACUUGACGAUACCCUGUUUGGUCCAGUUCUGGCUCUGCGCGCUGUUCAGCCCUAUGGAGGGAAAGAAAACUCAAGCUCUACUCGCAGGGUACAUGAAAACGAUGAAAAAAAACCUUUUUUACGCAAACAAGCAAAGUUUGUUUGUUUGUUUGUUUUGUUUGUUUGUUCGUUUGUUUUUUUUUUGACGCAUCUACACAUAAUACUUUCAUAAUGCUUCUAGUUCCAUCAAUGGAGGAUAGAUUCGUAGUAUAAAAUACAUAAUUUUGGCAGUCAUAAUUUUUGCAGCACUUUUUAUAAAGUCUAAAAUUUACGCUUUGCGAUUAAAGCUUCUUUAUGUCUA